AUGACACAGGCAGUUGGGAACCCUUCUACCUACUCUGCAAGGUCUGCGAUGUUUCUAGAUGCCUCAAGGUGUCCAUCCCAGGUGGCAACCCUGCCACAAUUUCCAAGUCCCUGGAGACUGGACUCAUCCUGGUCGAUUGAAAUCUUGCCGAACAUCACCGUCGAUCAGGAUGAGCCAAAAUCCCCAACGGGAUAUCACCCUGUGCCCUGCAAGGUCUGCGAUGUUUCUAGAUGCCUCAAGGUGUCCAUCCCAGGUGGAACCUUCAUCAAACUGUCUAAGUCCUCUGGAGACUGGGCUCAUCCUGGUCGAUUGAAAUCUUGCCGAACAUCACCGUCGAUCAGGAUGAGCCAAAAUCCCCAAAGAGAUAUGAACCCGCGCCCUGCAAGGUCUGCGGUGUUUCUAUAUGAGUCAAGAUAUCCAAUUUGGAGUGGCAAUCCCGCCACACAAUCCAAGACCCCUAGGGAUUCGGCUCAUCCUGGUCCAUUGAAAUCUUGCCGAACAUCACCGUCGAUCAGGAUGAGCCCAAAUCACCAAAAGGAUAUGACCUCCCGCGUUAGAUCGCGCUACAAAACAGCGACUCGUUCUUGA